GAAGCAGCCAGAGGAAGGCAGCAAACACUACUCUGGGGACGGAUCUUUACAAGCGUGGGAAGUGGAGAGAGCUCUAUCUCGCAGUAUCCCAGGCUUUCCCUGCCCUCUGUCUGCUCUGAAAUCAACUGACAGAGUGUUGAAGUAAUCAGAGCAGACCCGGCGCUGCCUAGAGCCUGUUUUCUUCUAUCAAAACCAGAGCAGCCCCGUCGUUCUCAGAAUCGGCUGCUUUGGAUCUCUUUCGCAGUUUUUGGACCUUCUGGAGUCAAGGAGCAAAGACAUGACACAGGUUGCGUCCAGAACCGGAGAUAUCUGAGGAAAGUGUUAGUCCAGACCAGUGUGAGGAGUUGGGAAGAGUCAGGCUGAGCACUAUGACGGUUCGUGUGAAGCUGCUGGAAUGUGCUGUGCUCAGCCUGACGUCCAUCCACCCUGUGUCACGCUUAGGGCGCCCCUCUCGCCUACUACCUGGACGUCACGCACUUUGUGCAUGUUCUUGCUGACUACACAUGUGUUGGUAUAUUCUGGCUUUAGCAGUCAAGAGAAACAGAAGCUAGAGGAAAUCUCUUCUGAACAUUACCAUAGCGCACCAGUGUAAGGCCUUGCGGAGCCAGUGCGGAGGAAUUAUCUGCUGUCAGGUCCUGCGCCGGGCUGAUAGGGAAAGCAGCGCACUAAGGGCCACGGUGAGGGGGACGGCCGCAGGGGGAAGGGACCGACGAUGCCGUCUUCCACCAUGCAAAUGUUUGCCUUUAUUCUGGCGGUGCUGGGAGUCGUGAGUGCCACGGUGGCCACGCUGCUGCCCAACUGGAAAGUGAGCGCAGAUGUGGGCUCCAACAUCAUGACUGCCAUCUCGCAGAUGCAGGGACUGUGGAUGGACUGCACCUGGUACAGCACCGGAGUCUUCAGCUGCUCGCUUAAGUACUCCGUGUUGGCGUUGCCGGCUUAUCUCCAGACUGCACGCACCACUAUGGUGCUUUCCUGCAUGAUGGCGACAAUGGGACUCUGUCUGGCCGCCCUAGGGCUGAAAUGUACUCGCUGGGGUGGCAGUUAUCGCUCGAAGGGACAUACUGCGAUUUCUGCAGGGGCUUGCUUCGUCAUAGCAGGGGUGCUGUGUCUGGUGCCCGCAUCCUGGUUCACCAAUGAGGUCAUCACGACGUUUAUGGACUCCAAAGUGCCCAAAAGCAGCAAGUACGAGCCAGGGGCAGCGGUGUACGUGGCUUUCGUGUCGGCAGGAUUCCUUUUAGCCGCAGGCGUAAUCUUUUGCUUAUCAUGUCCUGGAAGAAGAGGCGGUCCAUUGGAUUCUGGCUCGUCCCACCCCGACAAGCCAAAACCGCAGAAGCCGAGCCAGGAGCAGCCGAACCGCGACCAACCCAAACAGCAGCACUGCGAACAGCAGAGUCAGACUGAACCUCCGGAACGAGAGGAAUCGCAUCGAGAGAAACUACACCAGGACAAGCUGCAAGCGGACAACCGGCAGCAAGAGAAGUCGAACCUAGAGAAGGACAAGCAGUACCUCUCUCCAUCUCGAACCCGAAAUCCAGACGCCAAGGCCGUCUACAGUCUGCACGACUAUGUGUAAACAUCUAUCGAGUGUUCUUGGUUAUCAGACUGCCUUUCUUUGUAAGCGGCAAAAAGAGGAGGGGAAAAGCAGGAGCAGCGGGAGGAAUAAUGACUUUGAUGCUGUUAUCAACCCUUCUCAUCUGUGCUUUUGCUCACAGCAAGCGAAGCAGUGGAGGUAUUUCCAAAGCCCCGGAACAGACAAAGUAAGGAUUGUGAAUCCUCGGGUACAUGGUACAAAGGGGGCCGAGGGGUGACGUAUCAUAAAAAAGGAAAUUUCUUAAGCCGUCAAAGUAAGGAAAGUUCUGAAGAUGCAAUGGUUUGAAAAAAAUCUGCAUUUUAUAGUUGCACCAUCAUAUCAUUACUGAAACGCAAACUCUAAGAGAACCAAAAUUAAAAAGCUUGAUACACACUGCUUAUCUAGCCUAGAUUUUUUUUUGUCUUUUUACAGCCAAAAUAUCUAGAAAUUCUUCAUUCAAUCUCGUUUUCACAAAAAACAAUUCAAAAUUAAGUGUUUUUACGUGAUAUAAACUAAAUAAUCUGCCAAUGGGAUAAGCAAAAUAAUCUUGUUUUUAUGUUUGAAUUAUUUCGCUUACCCUAUUGGCAGAUUAUAUGCUUGCUAUAAGCAAAAAGCCACUUAAUUCUUUUUCUGAAAACAAAAGCUAUUUAUACUUGUCUAGAAAAUCCUUCUUGAUUUAAGAAUCUAGGCUAGAAAGCAUUUUUUGCAGUGCAUUAGGCAGUAUGUGCAUGCUGUUUGUAGAUAAUGCUGUUAAUAAUAGCUUGCAGUUGUGAAAGGGGGAUAAUCAAGCUUGCACCUGAGGAUGCUUCACCCCAUCAGCUGUCCAUUAAAUGGUGCAUGUCCUUCACAAAAAGGGAUUUUGACAUGUCCAGUCCAUAUUUUUCAAAGAAUGGUGAUGGGGGGAGGCAGAGAUCGUCUGAGGUAAUGAUGCUCUUUGCUUUUCCAUUAGGUUCGCUACGGAUGGGUGCACAGUGCUCAUUUAUUGCGCGCAGGCAGAUACACCAACACACACACACAAGCUUUUCUUCCCUCCCUCGUACUCCUGCUAGAAGGGUAAUGGGGGCUUGCACCCAAUCAUCAUGAUGCUGUGCGUCAGUGUGUCGUGCCUGCAGGAAGUGCAGUCGGUCCUGUUCUAGGGCAAACAGGACGCAGUAACACGCUGUUCACACUUUUGUCGAAAAGUAGAACCAAGGAGACAGAAACCUCAGCGGUGGCUUCGGAGUCCCCCGCUGGGCAACAAUUACACCUUUGGUCUGCGUCUCAAAUCGGUCAAACCAUCCGCAGUAUUUUCUGAUUGCUAAGCUGUUUUGGGUUACAGUCAAGCCAUUGACCAUUUUUUCAGAGUCAGGGGAAAUAGGAAAUGUUUGAUAUAAUGUACCGCAUUUGACUUGAGCUAAUACUAAGUGUCAUUGUCUGUGCUGUUUCCGUCGUAACGAUGGUCAAGGGCUCCUAUUGUCUCCAGAGAGACGCCACAGCAAGACAUUUUCUGCCUUUCACUUCUGUCUCACAUAUAAGCACACAUACUGCUGUUUGUGUUUGACAUGCGUUUGCAGAAUGCUUUAGAAAUUGACAAUGAAAGAGAGCAACAAGGCCUUUUUUUUUAACAAAGUGCCAAUGGACCAUGUUUUGCUUUAUUGUUCAUAUACUGUCAAAUCACCUUUAUUUAUAUAGUACUUUUUUCUUUAAAUUUGCUAUAGUUAUUUGGGUCCAAAAAUCUGAGAACACUGGUGAAAAUUAUGCUAUUUUACCUUUAAUUUGUUUUUAUAAAAUUCAAUUAUCAAAUUAUAUCAACAAAUUAUUAUUACAUUACAAAAUUAUUUCAGUAUAAUUCAAGUGCAAUUUAUAUAUUGUACUGAAUAAAUAUUCUGAAUACUCUGAUGCUUCUUUAUUUUAAAUUAUUUUUAUUUUUCAUGAAAAAAAAAGAAUUCAGAUUUUCAUUAUGGUCUAAGACGUUUGGGCAGCACUGUAAACAGUUGGAUAUGCCGAUUGUGGCCUGAAUCUUAUUAUUAUUAUCAUAUAUGGGUUUUGUAUAACCAUCACAUCAAUACAGACAUUUUGAACAUUUUGAAAAUAGCAUUUUAUUUUAGUAUUUAUAUGUUUUCCCAUGCUAUUUUGUUGUAAACACUUUUUUUUAUUUUUAAUCAAAAAUUUAUCUUUUAAGUUAUUUUAUUGACCUUUGCAGUGAAUAAUAAAACAAUUCAUUUCAUUACACGGUGAUAUACAGCAGAGUGCAAAAAUAUUUUUGGAAUAUAUUUUGAUGAUAACAGAAAUCCCUGUCCUAUUAAAGCAAAAUAUAUUCAUUUAUAUUUUAAAAUGUUUUAAUGUUAUAACGGACAUGCCUAUUCAGUCCAGGUCACGUGCAAAAAAAAAAAGUCACAUGAACAACUGCACGGAUAUUCAGAAUUGGGUUUGGUUUGUUGUUUGAAUGUAUCUCCAGGAGUGUGUUUAUAUCAGCACAUGUACAUUAUUUUUAAGAAACAGUGAUCUGAAAAUCUUCGAUCAUCAUGACACGGUGAAUGUUGACUACAUUGAAUGUUGCUUUGUGUUAAAUUAGUCAUUUUGAAUGUUCUGUUUUGGCUUGACGAAAUAAGGGCUUCAUUUAGUGAAUUUACAAACUGUGUGGCCAGUAACGAUGUGAAACCAUCAAAUCCAAUAAAGCACAUACUUAAGCCUGUACAGUACAACAGAA